AUGGCUGCUGUGGCCGCGCCCAUGUAUAGCAGCCACAAUAAUGCAUUCUUUUCUUCGUCCAGCAGGACCAACUCUUCGACACUGAUGGCGAGCCAUUCGUCUCAAGGUAUGUGGAUCAUGACUACGGGCAUGUGGGAGACCCCAGCUCACUACCCUACCCUCCCAACAGCCAACUCCGCUGCAUCCUCCAUGGACAUGGAGCCCAUGAUUGAAGAAGAGCAGUUUACCACCUUGUUUUGUCGGGCACUCUACGACUACGAUGCUCAGGACGCAUCGGCACUCUCCUUUCGGCAGAACGACAUCAUCGAGGUUCUCACUCAGCAGCCGUCCGGGUGGUGGGACGGCCUCCUCGGAGACGAACGCGGGUGGUUCCCGUCCAACUAUGUCACUGUCAUUUCAGAUGAGGAGGCAGAGAUGGCGUUUUCGAGUCCCGAAAUUCCGCAUCCGGAACGGUCGGCAGCGGACACCAAGCACAAUGCGGACACGAGCUCCGUUUUGGACAUGUCGCAUGCGAUGAUGCGGGGCACCGGGAUGGAGAACGAGGAAUGGCUGGAAUCUGAGAUGGGCGGGAUGCAGGGCGGGGGGAUGGACGAGCUUGCCAAUUCGACAAUGGCGGGUCCACUGGAGUCGAGCGACUUUUGGAUGCCCGAGGUUACGUCCGAUGGGCAGAUCUACUACGUGAACACGAAGACCGGCCAACAUGCCCGGGACUUGCCCAACGAGAGCGACGGAGAUACGUCGGACAGUGACUUCAAUGGCCUCGGUUCCCAGUCGAGCUCUCGAUCAGGGACUGGGCUCGGGUAUUCCAACGGCUAUAAUGCCAGCGGAAGUGCAGCGGGUUUCGGGCUCCUGCGACGCACCGGAACGCCUGAACCAUGGGUCAAGAAACUGGCCGACGAUGGGAUGUCCUACUACUACUACAAUCCGACGGAUGGCUCUACGCAAUGGACUCGACCAGAAUCCAGGGAAACCGCCCACACUCGUGACCGCAGUGUCCCAUCAACCAACCGAACGGUGGCUGCCAGCACUUCCAACGGAAGUCUUGCACCGGCCAUCCGCCCACUUCCUUCGACCUCUGACCUCACUCCUCCUAAAUCAUCGCGGCUGAGCGUGUAUUCCGAUGACUCAGACAUCCAGCCCUCAAUGGAUAUUGGCCGAUCGCGCCAAUACACGCAAAAGGCGAUCGUGCGACCAACAGUGGAUGUGAAGAUGGAGCUGACCUCGGCUGAGCGGAUAGCACAAACGCUGCAGCAGGCGCUGGCACCCCCACCACCAGAAAUCGUUACAGAUCUGUCCGCCAUCGCCAGAAGCGCGAUUCAAUCUGUUGUUGAGAACCUGGAGAGCCCCGGUGUUGGUCGCCGUGUCAGCGACGAUCGCGUGAUGGAUGGCAUGGUCUCGAGCGUUGUCUUCGCUGUUCGUAAUCUGCUAUACGUGUCGGCGGCGUCACCGGGGCAGAUCCCAAACCAUCUGCUCCCCCGCAGUCUACGCAACACCGAGGCGCAGACCAGUUCUUCACCGCUGAAGCCCGCGCAACGGCGGGUGACGGCCACUCUUUCCCGGCUGGUCCUUUCCGCUCGGGCGUUGGAAUAUGACGCGGGUUCGACUGCUGCGGAUACGCUUGAUCGCAUCCAGGUCGAUGCCGAGGAGCUGGAGCGAGCCGUUCUGUCGUUCGUGCUGGAAGUCCAACGACUGGAGCACUCGCGCACUGAUCUCAAGCCGCCGAAGCGCCUCGAAGCAGUGUUCAUGACCGCUAACAUCGGGCUCGGACUUCUGGGCGCCGGCGCUGCAGCGAGCUGGAAAGGCAUGGGUUGGGUCUCCCUCGAUGAGAAAGACGCGCCCAAAGAGACCCUGACCAUGGAUGUGGUUAGCGAGCUUGCUGCCAGGGCCCAAGAGCUCAAUCGGUCUUUCGUCAGUCUCGAGCAGGUUGUACAAGCCCGCGGGGACGACUGCGUGGAUGUCAUUCGAGAACAGACGCGACUCUUCGUCGCCCGCAUGUCCUCUUGGCUCCAAUUUGCGGCCGACAUUCACGUCGCACGACAUGUGGACAUCGACGGUAUCCGGCAGGACACAGGUUCCACUGGACCGAAUGAAAUGUACAUGCAGACUGUGGAACGGGCGAGAUCGCUGAUCCGGACACUGGAACACGCGCUGCAAUCCCUGUACGACGACUCGGCAUCGAUCCUCGUCACAACGUUGGGUUUGAGACAGCUGGAUCCCGGCGUAUCGCCGCAGACUCUGGACGCAAAUUUUGAGCUUCUGCUGGCACUCGGCACUGCGGCCAAGGCGAACAUGGAAGCCGCCAACCGGACAUUCGAGGGUCUGCUCUCGAUCGGGCACGAGCAAGCCGACAUUGCUCAAGGAGACUACAACGGCUCGAUUGAUUGGCGCAUGUCGCGGCUGAGUGUUAUUGAUACGCAGCUGGGAGGUGCUAUGCGUCCCUUGUCAGCCUUCGAUCCUGAAGUGCAUGGCGAUCUGGUCGAUCUAGCAGCAGCACUCGCGCGCCCUCCUGUCAAGAACCAUGUGACGAACCCCUCCUAUGAUUCUCUGCGGCCUCAGUCGAACGCGACUUCGACGCUCAACGGCAGCCGGGACUAUGACCAGUCGAUGGAUUCGACCAUCGGGCCGGAUGACGACGAUUUACUGGACGGAAGCCCCAACUACGACGACGAAUUCGAAGCCAAAGCCAAAUCUCCGCCGCGGUCAGGGAAGAACAAGCUCACACAAAUGCUUGGUCCCGACUUCCUCCGGGCAGGACCACCGCAACCGCCAACGCCUGAACCUGAAGAGCGCCCUCCUCGUCCAUGGUAUCUGCAGGCGUCAUAUAGCCCAACAGACAUCAGCAUCGAUCAAGAUGGUGCUGUCCGUGCGGGCACCAUAUCUGCUCUCGUUGAGCGUUUGACAGCCCACGAGCAAGCCGAUCCGACGUUUAUCAAAUCGUUCUUGAUGACCUUCAAAUCAUUCACUACUGUCGACGAGCUCUUUGACCUCCUCGUGCAGCGCUUCCGCAUCCAGCCUCCUGCAAAUCUGACGCCGGGUGAGCGCGAAGAAUGGGGGAAAUUGAAACAGCAUGUGAUCCAAAUCCGAGUUCUGAACAUUUUCAAGUCGAUGGUCAUAGACGAUGACGUUCUGGACAAGGAUGAUCUGUUCAUUUUGGACAGGAUGAAGGAUUUCCUGUCUUCGGAUGAGCUCGCCAAGUUCCCUGCGGCUAAACAGCUGUUGAACAACAUCGAACGACAGAAGGGUGGCGACAGCAAGAUGCGGAUGGUUACAGCACCCCAGGGCACCCCGCCACCGCCACUGGUGCCCAAGACAAGCAAGAAACUGAAGCUACUCGAUAUCGAGCCUCUGGAGCUUGCCCGGCAGCUGACUAUCAUGGAAAGCCAGCUGUACCAGCGGAUCCGACCCAUGGAAUGUCUGCAGCGUGCCCGAGAACAGCGGACCGAGGACAACAUGGACAACAUCACCACCGUCAUCCAAACAAGCAACAAGAUCGCUCUCUGGGUAGCCGAAUCGGUUCUCAGCAAGGAAGAUUCUCGUCGCAGAGCAAAUGCAGUGAAACAUUUGAUCAGUGUUGCCGACCGAUGCCGAGCUCUGAACAACUUUUCGACGAUGGCUGCCAUUACCGCCGGGCUGAAUGCGCCUCCGAUCCGACGGCUCAAAAGAACGUGGGAACAAGUGAACCAACGAUACAUGUCCCAAUUCGGGGCUUGUGAGAUGACAAUAGACAGCGGAAAAAACUUCACCAAGUACCGGUCUGUGAUGACCCACGUCAUUCCGCCCUGCGUGCCAUUCAUCGGUGUCUUCUUGACCACGCUGCAGUUCAUACAGGACGGAAACCCGGACAACGUCCCGGGGCCAGCCGGACCGGAAAACGCGCCGCCGACGACACUGGUCAACUUCCGCAAGCGACAAAAGGCGUCGGAGGUGAUCAACGACAUCAAGCGGUGGCAGGUGCCGUUCAAUUUCCACGUGAUCCCGUCGAUCCAGGCGUACAUCGAGGAGUCGCUCAAUGCGGUCAGCGAUACGAAGGAGUCGAGUGAGCGGUUCUGGGCGAUUAGUCUGGAGCGCGAACCACGUGAGCGGGAAGACGAGAAAAUGGCUCGGCUGUUGCAAGAGAGCGGGUUCUUGUAGCCUCCCACAUGCUGAUCUGUGUAUUAAUCGUAAUUAUUAUUGCUACUGUACUACCAUUCACCGGAUUUUUUGUAUCUUUG